AUGGAAAGGGAUCUACGACAAAGAGAUCCUUUGUCUCCCUUUUUGUCUGUGUUAGUUGUUGAUGUUCUUCAUAGAAUGAUCGAGGAGGCAGUGUGGAAUAGGUGCAUUUCCCCGCUUUUGGUUGGACGGGAUAACAUUGAACUGUCGCACUUACAGUUUGUGGAUGAUACUAUAUUUUUCUAUCCUUCAGAGGAAGAGAUUAUUAGGAAUUACCAGCGUCUACUACGCUGCUUCGAGAUGAUGUCAGGGUUGUAUGUGUCAUUUGUUGGGAUGCAAGGAAGCCUCUUUACCAGUCCGGUACCUUGGCAUCUCUUUGGGAGCAAAUCCGAGGCUGGCUAUAUACUAUCUCAACUUGUACAAGAUGUCAAAGGCAGUAGCGGAAAAGUUAAUCUUGUUACAAAUACGGUUCUUGUGGAGUAA